AUGCACAUCAGCCCCGGCAACGGCCGCCGGAGCCCGGCCGCGGCAUUCACCACUCUACUCAUUCUCCUCCUGAUCGUCAACGGCGAGGCUGCCACCUCAGCAUUGGCCAGCAAGAGGGCCUACAAGAGCGCGGCGGCCCAGUUCAUGGGCCCGCAGAACGCGGCCAGGGCGGCGCUCAAGAUGCCGCCCCUGCGUUGGGACGCGCGGCUGGCGGCGUACGCGUCGCGGUACGCGGCGCGGCGCAAGUGGGACUGCGCGCUGGUGCACUCGAACGGGCCGUACGGGGAGAACAUCUUCUGGGGGAGCGGUGGCGGGUGGACCCCCGCGCAGGCUGCGGGCGCGUGGGUCGGGGAGCGGCGGUGGUACAGCUACUGGUCGAACUCGUGCGCCGGGGACCAGGACUGCGGGCACUACACGCAGAUCGUGUGGCGCGGGACGAGGCGGGUCGGGUGCGCCCGGGUGGUCUGUUCGGGUCGGAGGGGGGUGUUCAUGACGUGUAACUACGACCCGCCCGGGAAUUACGUUGGGGAGAGGCCGUAUUGA